CCAGAACGCAGCAAAAUGCCCACCGAAUACCCAGCCUUCACCACCGAGCAGAAGAAGGAGCUCCAUGAGAUCGCACUGCGUAUCGUGGCUACCGGCAAGGGUAUCCUGGCUGCCGAUGAGUCCACAGGCAGCAUUGCUAAGCGUUUGAGCUCCAUUGGCGUAGAGAACACAGAGGAGAACCGCCGCUUCUACCGCCAGCUGCUCUUCACCGCUGACGACAGAGUCAACCCCUGCAUUGGUGGCGUCAUCCUCUUCCACGAGACUCUCUACCACAAGGCAGACAAUGGCAACCAGUUCACCAAGGUCAUCAAGGACAAAGGAGCCGUUGUAGGAAUCAAGGUUGACAAAGGUGUUGUCCCUCUGGCUGGAACCAACGGAGAGACCACAACACAGGGUCUGGAUGGCCUGUCUGAGCGCUGUGCCCAGUACAAGAAGGACGGCGCUGACUUCGCCAAGUGGCGUUGCGUGCUGAAGAUCUCCGACCACACCCCCUCUCGUCUCGCCAUCAUUGAGAAUGCCAACGUGCUUGCACGUUAUGCCAGCAUUUGCCAACAGAACGGUAUUGUCCCCAUUGUGGAGCCUGAGGUUCUUCCUGAUGGCGACCAUGAUCUGAGGAGGUGCCAGUACGUCACCGAGAAGGUCCUGGCUGCUGUGUACAAGGCCCUCAGUGACCACCACGUCUACCUGGAGGGAACUUUGCUCAAACCCAACAUGGUGACCCCCGGCCAUGCCUGCACCAAGAAGUACACCCCUGAGGAGGUUGCCAUCGCAACAGUCACCGCCCUGAGGCGCACCGUGCCACCCGCCGUCACCGGUGUCACCUUCCUGUCCGGAGGUCAGAGUGAGGAGGAGGCCACCGUUCACCUGAAUGCCAUCAACAAGUGCCCCCUGCUGAAGCCCUGGGCCCUGACCUUCUCUUACGGCCGCGCCCUCCAGGCCUCCGCCCUUAAAGCGUGGAGCGGAAAGAAGGAGAACGUCAAGAACGCCCAAGAAGAAUACACCAAGCGUGCACUGGCCAACAGCCUGGCGUGCCAAGGAAAGUACGUUUCCUCCGGUCAGGCUGGCGCAGCCGCAGGAGAGUCCCUCUUCGUCUCCAACCACGCCUACUAG